UUGCUUGUUUUUCUGCGCUCCAACGUUGUUUAUCUCAGUAUAUAUCUCUUGCAGGCCCUGUCAGCUGUAUCUAACGAAAUCCACGGUUUCAUCAACGCUCAUUAAUUAUCAAUUCCAAAACCUAAUCCUACUCCUCAUCCUUAUCCAUAUUUCUAAUACCAUCGUUUAUAAAUAUUGUGCCCAAAAAGCCCUCACCUUUUCGUACAGAAUAUACGCAUCGUAGCCGUUAACAAAUCUCCAUCGUCGCACCAAUGUCCACCGAUCUCUCCGUCAUUCUCCCUCGUGUUCUCAUUGUCUCUAGACGAAGCGUUCGCAAGAACAAGUUCGUUGAUUUCGUCGGUGAAUAUCACCUGGAUCUUAUAGUAGGGUAUGGCGCCGUGCCCGUGAUUGUUCCUCGUGUUUCUGGGGUGCACAUGUUGUUGGAUAGCUUUGAGCCAAUCCAUGGCGUGCUUCUGUGCGAAGGGGAGGACAUUGAUCCCUCUUGGUACGAAGAAGAUACCUCGGGUCUUUCACAAGAGGAAUUGGAAGAGAUUAGAAGGCUCCAUGUGAGUGACACGGCCAUUGAUAAAGAAAAAGACUCGAUUGAGUUGAGCCUGGCGAAGCUAUGCCUGGAGAGGAACAUUCCCUAUUUGGGAAUCUGCAGGGGCUCACAGAUUCUUAAUGUAGCAUGUGGGGGUACCCUUUACCAGGACAUAGGGAAAGAGCUUUCAAUCAAGUGUCCAGAGGAUAAAAGGGUGAUGCAUAUAAACUAUGACGAUUAUGAUGGGCAUAGGCACGAUGUGGAAGUGGUUGAGGACACCCCUUUGCAUCAUUGGUUUAAGGAUUCUUUAGAAGAUGGAAAAAUGGAUAUUUGGGUUAAUAGCUAUCACCAUCAAGGGGUGAAGAGAUUGGCACAGCGUUUUGUUCCAAUGGCCUUUGCACCUGAUGGAUUGAUUGAAGGGUUUUAUGACCCUGAUGCUUAUAAUCCAGAUGAGGGUAAGUUCAUUAUGGGAUUGCAAUUUCACCCUGAGCGUAUGAGGAAGCCUGAUUCGGAGGAGUUUGAUUACCCAGGAUGCCCCUUUGCUUAUAAGGAAUUUGUAAAGGCGGUUGUUGCUUAUCAGAAGAAGUUGAACAGCUUAACAACAGUCCAAAAGCCUGUUAAGCUUAAUAAGGAAAUGGAAAACAAAAGGAAGAUUAUAGUGCGUAGUUUCUCACUUGCCAAAAACCUCUACAACGCUGGCCGUGGAACCAAUUCCCCCAGAGACUCUGAACUUGAAAUUGGAGCAGAGUUUCUUGAGUCGAACACAGCCUUGAGUGUGCAGCAAGAGAACAGACUAAAGCAAAUGGGUGCAACGGUUAGAAAUGCAAGAUCAUACAAAGAGAGAGUGAAACUGAAUGAGGAAAGGGAAAAGAUGGCAAGAGGAGUGAUGAGGAAAAUGUCAGUGGAACAGUUGUCAGAGCUCUUGUCUUUCUAUCACACAAUGGGGCAGAUUUGUUCAGAAGUAUUGGACAUAAAGAUACAUGGCCUUGUCACUCCUCAAUGACUUUCACUUCAUCAUUUUGUUCCUUUUCUCGUUAAUUGAUCAUGCAACUCAACCAACUUUUGUUUCUUU